AACACAUACAUAAGCUACUGCAUACAUACAUUCACCGGUCUCUCUGUGUUUAUCUGUUUUCAGCACACAUUUCCACAUUUCACGGUUUUAAUUGCUCAGCCGAGACUCGAACUGUUAGUUUGUACUAAUUUGGUAAAUUGGUUUGUUUUCGCGAGGUGGUGACGAUUAUGCUGAAAGUUUAAACUGCCAGAGAACCUGCAUGGGCACACCCACUCACCCGAGCCAGUCACUCAGUAUUAAUUUAACGUGCCAAAUUGAGACGAAGUCAUUUCUGCAUACGUACUUACGGAAGUGGAGCAGCGUGGGAUCGGAAUUACCAGAGGGGAGGGAGGGAGAGAAAACUACCAUUUUGCAGAGUUCAAAUACAAGUCUGAAAGUAGUGCAAUCAAUUCGUAUUCAAGAAAUAGUCGAGUCAAUCAUUCCGGACAAUAAGUAAUGGGACAGCAUUCAUAUAGAAAAGUAGUAGAGACCUACAUUCUACUAAUAAGUAAUCCUCCCCCAUCAUGGGACGUGGCCACAUGUGCGAAAUAUUUGACUGGUGGAGAAGGAAUCUAAUUUUACAACCGGGGAGCGAUGAACGUUCUUCUUCUUCCAGUGAAAGUGAACUCGUAAAGUGAUCAAUUCAGUCAGUCAGUCAGUAAAGCAGAACUAGACUUCCGCCUACUAAUGGGCGCCUAUAACUGAGAACUAAGGAUAAGUAAACUACGUACGGACGGACAUAAUUUCAAUAACCGUAAAUAAGAGGACUCGUCGACGACAUCGACGCUGUAAACAACCAUGGGACCACCACCACCACUGCUGGUCCUGGUGCUGCUGCUGGUUCUCCAUUGUGACCAGUAUACCGCUACCAGUGCCGACUUUAAUGUGGUCAUUCCGGAAAUAUGCAGCGUUUCGGGGGAAGUACAAAGUCCCGUGAAUACAUCUCGUAUCAAGGAAAUGGUUCUGCUGGGAAUUCGAGAGGACCGGCCGCAGCUCUCGCUCAAUAUCGCGUCACAACGGGAAAUCUGCGACAAAAGUUCGGGAUUGUUGGAGUUUAUAUUUGCAGCCAAGCAGGAGAGCGCUGGACAAAUGGUGGGCUCAUUAAAACCUCAUUACUUGUGCGAAACGGCCGCAACUUUGCUUCACUCACAGGGACGACAUUUCACAUCGUGGACGUGUCCAAAGAUGCCCGGAGUGGUCUCCAUCAAACCAGCCCCCACUGAUGUGAUAUUAGCAAUUAAUCGUCUCGUGACACACUUGUCCUGGAGAAACUUUGGUUUCGCCAAGCUACAAGCGGAUAAAAGUCCGUACUGCGACGAGAUUGGAUCAUCUCUCGAACAGCAUCGCAAUCUCGACCCAGACACGAACAAUUCUAUCGUGAUUCUGGCAAAGUAUGAGGAUGUAAACUUGCCCCAGUAUGCUCCAGUCGUGGAGAAACUUCAAGGCAUCUUUCUAUGCAUUUCAUACGACCACGGUUUUACGCACCAAAACCCAAAGACUGAACGGGUGAAAGCACCCCCGUCUUAUCACAGAGGUCCGCUCCCUCUCGUCCUCCUGCCCGAAUGGCCACUUCCGCUUGACGUCGUCAUGCACUCGUCACAUGACCAUCAUGACCAUGACCAUGACCAAAAGUCGAGAUCGAAUCCGGUCGUCCUGGCCCUUUUGUCGCAUCCACACCCGUACAAUUUCAAGUCGCAGGGAGGAGCCCAGUCGUCGUCCUCGUCGCCAGAACCGGAGGAAGCGAUGCGACCCUCGUGGGAAAGUUUUGCCGAAUUUAUUCCGCUUGAACCCGCAGAUCGGAGCAGUUCUUCAAAGCAGAGGAUUUUGGAGCCGUUAUUGGCCCGCCUCAUCCUGCGAAGUAUGAAGGUAUCGAUGGAAUACGACGUAUGGAAACGGAUGAGAGAAAAUGAGGUGGAUGAAGAAGAUGAUCAAUCAGGACCAAAUGCAAUCAGUAGGCGACGGGAUGACGAGGCGAAAGCGGAGAAGAAGCAGCAAUUCCACCUCCAAUUCAAGCCCUUGUCAUUCCGCUUUCUCGUCUUCAAGUUCGAGAAGGACCGGUGGCACCCGGUCGUAAAUCUGGUUCCUGGUGACAACCUCCCACUCCAAUCCAGCCCUCUGGGGGAACGCCACCAUCACAGUCAUCACUCCGAAGUGGGGCUCCUGGAUCGGGGCAAUAAUCGAAACUUCGGGAAAAAUCGGGGAUCGAUUGUGGGAUGGGCACAAAUCAUGGGAUGCAUUGCAGGUACGAUUGCAGUCACUGGACUUUUUUUGUGGGGCGCAAAUUAUGCAAGGGAAAAGUAUCAAAAUCACGUAUACAACACGACCACAAAUAACUCUGCGGCAACCACCACGCAAAAGAAUCGCCUCGUCAAGAGAUCCCAAGGACCGUACAAACUUCUCUUGACGAGCAGGGAUAUCUGCUUUAGCAACAAUGUGCUCCCCAUCAUCUCGAGUAAUAAAUCUGUACAGCCCUCCCUGGAAGGGGUUCCCUCCACCAUGACCACGACGACGACAACAACCACUGCAAUUCACCAUCAACAACAACAAAACUCUUUGGAUCCACAUAGCAAUCUCUCCUUUUCUCGAGCUUCAUCCGCAGAGGAAAAUUCAUCCUCUGGUUGCGGAACUGCCACUGCUGCUGCUGGUGCUGCUGCUCUUGGCAGCAGUACUGAGAGACCAGACUUGCUUAAAGUCGGGGGUGUGGUGGCCGGACCGCAACAAACUCUCAAGAAAACCCUGAGCAUCGCCAACAUGAAGAAUGACUCCAUAAUUCUGUCAGAAAAUCAGGCCCGAUAUAAGGGCGAUUUGGUCCAUCUCCGGAAAUUGAGUGAACCCACGUGCGAACCUUUCGAGAUAAAAACGAAGGCGAUGAAUGUACUGGAAACGAUUCACGGUCUGCGUCAUGAGAAUUUGGUGGCGCUUAUCGGCGUGCUGACUGAGGGGAUCCCAGCCCAGGUUUGGGAAUACUGCAGCCGUGGCUCGCUCCAUGAUAUCAUCCGACAACAAGACAUCAAGCUCGAUUGGGCCUUCAAACUUUCCCUUCUCACGGAUUUAGUUCGGGGAAUGAAGUACCUGCACUCGAGUUUGGUUCGAGUUCACGGUUUUCUCACGUCGUACAACUGUGUAAUCGAUGCCCGAUGGGUGUUAAAGAUAACGGAUUAUGGGGUGCUCAGCUUCCACCAUAACCAAGGUCUGCCACUCUUGACAAGAUCGAAUAAAGAACUCUUGUGGACAGCACCCGAGCUAUUGCGGGAGGAGGGUUUACGCAAACAUGGAACUCAACCUGGGGAUGUUUACAGCUUCGGAAUUAUAUUUCAGGAAGUCCUCGUUCGAGGUGAACCCUACUGCAUGUUGAACAUUUCAACAGAAGAGAUUUUGGAGAAAGUACGAAAACCACCACCGCUAAUCCGACCCUCCGUUAGUAAACAGGCUGCUCCACCCGAAGCUAUCAACAUAAUGCGUCAAUGUUGGAACGAAAUUCCUGAAAUGCGACCAGACUUUGUCCAGAUUCAUGACCAAUUCAAAACUCUCAAUCACGGCAGAAAGGCGAAUAUUGUCGAUACGAUGUUUGAAAUGCUGGAGAAAUAUUCGAACAAUUUGGAAGAAUUGAUUCGAGAAAGGACGGAACAACUGGAUUUCGAGAAGCGGAAGACGGAACAACUGCUGAAUAGGAUGCUACCCAGCACGGUUGCCGAAAAGUUGAAGCUCGGCUUACCCGUGGAUCCCGAAGAUUUCUCCGAAGUUACGAUCUACUUUAGCGACAUCGUCGGCUUCACCACCAUUUCCGCGUACUCCACCCCGUUCGAAGUGGUUGACCUGUUGAAUGAUCUCUACACCGCGUUCGAUGCCACGAUCAACGACUACAACGUGUACAAGGUCGAGACGAUCGGUGACGCGUACAUGGUUGUCGGCGGGGUCCCCGUCCGCUCGCCAGACCAUGCCGACCAAAUUGCCACGAUGGCGUUGGAUCUGUUGCAUCAAAGUGGACGUUUCAAAAUCCGACAUUUGCCAUACACUCCGCUCCGCUUGAGAAUUGGCAUUCAUACAGGACCUUGUUGCGCUGGUGUCGUAGGACUCACGAUGCCACGCUACUGUUUGUUUGGAGAUACUGUAAACACAGCGUCCAGAAUGGAGUCCACGGGCGCGCCCUGGCGAAUCCACAUCUCGGCGAAUACCAAGUCGAAAUUGGAAAGCAUUGGAGGCUACGUUAUUGAAUACAGGGGGAUCACGGAUAUUAAGGGGAAAGGAAAAAUGUCGACGUAUUGGCUUCUUGGGAGGGAAGGGUUCGACAAAGAACUCCCACGACCGCCACAACUCAAUGAGGAUCACGGACUGGAUGAGAAAUCAAUUUUGUACGGAAGAACCGGAAUUCCUCCCAGCUCACAGGAAACUCUCAACCCGAAAUCGGUAGGAUUUCGUGAUUCCAGACCAAAUUCGACGGAAGGAAGUGGAAGCGUUGGUGGUGGUUCGAGUAACACUCUUGAUCCUACCAAAGCAGGACCAACUUUCUCCGUACUGCAUGGAGAAGCGAUGCGGUGUUUGUCUCCGGCGGAAGAGGUUGCCCAUCAACUGCUAAACGGUCGUCCCGCAAUGCGAGGACUCCGGAGACAAUUUAGCCUCGACCAAGGCUCCAAUUAUUACCUCCCCCUCAUCCCCGGUGGCUCGACCCCGGCGAGACCAUCCUACCGAAAAACACCGUCUUUAGAAGAGACCUUCAUCACGGAUCAUAACAAGUUCUCCUCCUGCCAUCCCCAGCUAUCGAUAGAAGUCCCGUGUAAAGUGUACACACCGAAUCAGACGUCAUCAUGCUCGUCCAACACGUCCCCCACUUCCGCGUUCUCGUUUAACAGUAGUUUUAGUCCGAAUAAGUCGUCCUCCUCGGGACAUCCUGCUCCUCCCCCGGCAAAAACCCCGCCUGCUCCGUUAUCUCCGUUAGAAAGUAAUAUUAUUACAGCAUCGUCAUCACUUUUGCAACAAUCCUCAUCAUUAUCAUCAGACAAUAAAGAGCUUCAUUCCACUUCUAGUCCCAACUCAUCAUCAGCUACAAAAGUAUCAGCAUCCAAUAAAACGUCUACGCUUAGUCCGAGAACGGGGGGAAGGAUUUUUAUAAAGUCGUCGUCUCUGACGAGAGUUGAAGAAAGCCCGACGCAGGAAUAGAUUUAUUUUAACUUAUUUAUAUGAGUACUUGAUCCUAAAAUUGUGAAAUCUGUGUACCUGCGUGUGCCGCUGGAAGGUGUGAUUGUUAUUUAAUUAUAGAUUUAUAAAUAUGUAAAUAUCUGACACUUGUACAUAUAUAUUUCGAGGACCUGAUGCCACCCAAACGAAACAAAUCAUUUAUUAUCAUGGUAUUAAUUAAGUAUAUUUAAAAUGGUGUACAAUCAAUCGUAUGUAUAUGUAGUUAGAUUUUAUCAUGUAUGUAAAUGAGCAUGGAUUGUUGUGCAUGUAUUUUAACAAUACAAUAAAAUGAUGGCAAAAGUUUAGCAUUGCCCAUGCA